UCGGAAAGGCAGACAUCUUGCUUUGAUUCGCACUACUGGGGAACGAUGGGGAAAAGCCCGCAUGGCAAAGCGACAUGCAUUGUGCAACCAGCUUUAGCAUGUAAAGUUUUAGCGAAAGGGAGUUCGAGGAGACCGAGACUUUCCCCCUAGUCAUCGCCAUCAUCAGAUUCCCCUCGCCCCCCCUUUCACACUGUGCCCGCCGUCACUCGCCGAUCGUCUUUUCUAAAAUGCUCGUCCCUAGGACGGGAUUGAUUCUCAGGUGUUAAAGCUGCUCGCUUCUUCAUAUUUGCUCUCUCAAUCUCUCGUUUGCUCGGGAAUUCUCAGACAUAUUCGUCGUCGUCGACGGGGAAGUAAGGAUUUCUAUGGCUUCAGAGAUGGGUGUGGGGCUGGCCAUGGAUUCUACAGAAGGUCCGGAGGCUGGUUCUGGCAGGAAGAAAGACAAGCCCGCUGACCUGACUAAAAUUAUCUUCUCUUGGUCUCUUCGAGAAAUCUUCAAUACCAAUCUCUACAGGAACGAGGUGAAGAGCAUCCUGGAGUCAUUUCAAUCAGUUGAGCAAUACUUUGCUUCUUAUAUCUUUCCUUUGCUAGAGGAAACACGAGCCAGUCUCUGUUCGAGUAUGCAGAAUGUAUCUAGACUGCCUUUCGCGAAAGUCACUGGGUUUGUUGAAGGCGAGAAGAAUGUUUACCAUGUGGAAGUGGACUACUGGAGAAACAGGGCCACUGACAAUGGCAAGGAACCUUACAAAACUUUGCCGGGGGAUGUUUUGUUGUUAACUAAUGCUGAGCCGGAUGCUGUUCCCAGCUUUGAUAGGUUUAAAGGAAGAUGGGCAUUUGCAUCGGUCGCUGGAAUUGUAGAAGACGAGGAUGGGGAUCCUCAAACAUCAACAAGGUUCAUAGUCAAGGCAUUUUUGGACAAUGAAGUAUUUGAUGAUCCUGCAUGGGAGUCAAUUUAUGCAGUUUUUUUGAUAAAUGCGGUCACUAACAUUAGGAUAUGGAACAUGCUACACCGAUUUGGGAACUUGAACGUUGUAAGGGAAAUUCUCUGUACGGAUUCAGCGGCUGAAAAAGAUUGCAAUCUCUGUAUUACUCAAAGUCAUGGCUCUGGGCAUGGGAGUCUCAAUAAGAACUUGUUUGGUAGUCUGAAUGAAUCCCAGACAAAAGUUGUUCUGGCUUGUCUUGAUACAAUCAAGAGUGAACACGGGUCGGCCGUGGAAAUUAUACAGGGUCCUCCAGGGACAGGGAAGACCAAAACUGUCGCGGCACUGCUCUUUACUCUCUUGAACAGGAAACACAGAACCCUUGUUUGUGCUCCAACAAAUGUUGCCAUCAAGGAAUUGGCGUCUCGUGUUUUGCAGCUGGUGAAACAGUCGGUUUGCACAAACUCUCAUGGGGAACGCUUGCUCUAUAACUUAGGAGACAUGCUCUGUUUCGGGAACAAGGAGCGGAUGAAAGUAGAUUCAGCUAUGGACGAAAUAUUCUUGGAUCAUCGCGUUGAUUGUGUCGCGCAGUGCUUUUCCGUACUCACGGGUUGGCAGCAUUGUCUACCUUCCAUGAUUGAUACUCUCAAUGACUGUGUCCGCCAAUACCACAUUUAUCUGGAGAAUGAACGCUGGAUUACAUCAAAGCCUAAUGGUAAUGAUGUUGCAAGCAAAUGUAGAAGCAGCAAAAAGGAAUCCAAACCUAAAUUUCAAUCAUUUCUGGAAUUUUUUAAGCACAGAUUCAGGUCAAGUGCGGAGUCUCUCCAAAGAUGCUUCUCUAUCUUAUGCACCCAUAUAUCCAAAAGUUACCUUUUGGAACAUAAUUUCCAGGAUAUUAAGUCCCUUCUCAUCUUACUUGAUUCUUUUGAAGUUUCUAUAUAUAGAGAGAAGUUGGAUUCCAGAAAGUUGAAGGAAGCAUUUUCAUCAGACCCAUCUUCAUUGAAAGCACGCACAGAUCCACUAUAUACAUCAUUGUCGAUAAAGAGACGUGAAUGUCUCUUUUUGCAAACUCUUAAUAAGUCUCUUAGAAGGCUAAACCUUGCACCAUUUAUGAGUAAGCAUAAGAUAGCUGAGUUCUGUUAUCAAGCGGCUUCCUUGAUUUUCUGCACUGCCUGUAGCUCAUAUAAGCUCUACAACGUGGAAAUGAAGCCUGUCAGUUUAUUGGUGAUUGAUGAGGCUGCGCAGUUGAAAGAAUGCGAGUCAAUAAUUCCGCUACAACUUCACGGUGUCAGGCAUGCAAUUUUAGUUGGGGAUGAAUGUCAGUUGCCUGCUAUGGUUGAGAGCAAGCUUUCUAGCAAGGCUGGCUUUGGAAGGAGUCUCUUUGAAAGGUUGAGUACUCUGGGUCAUCCAAGGCACCUUCUAAAUAUCCAGUACAGGAUGCAUCCUGCGAUAAGUCACUUUCCAACAUCAACUUUUUACAAUAACCAAAUUUGGAAUGGGUCGAAUGUUACUAACAAAAGUUACAGAAAAUGUCAUUUGCCAUGGCCAAUGUUUGGCCCGUACUCCUUCAUAAAUAUUGCUGAUGGAAGAGAAGAAGCCGGGGAUGGUGGACGUGGCUUUAGAAACUAUGCUGAGGUUGGAGUUGUCUCAAUGAUUUUGAGUAAUCUAUACAGAGCAUGCAAAUCUUCAGGCGAAGAUCUAAGUGUUGGCGUGAUAUCUCCAUAUAGAGCUCAGGUUGCUGCAAUACAAAACAAAAUUGGAAAAAGAUAUGAGAAUAUCAGAGGCUUUACAGUGAAAGUGAGGUCAGUGGAUGGGUUCCAAGGGGGUGAAGAAGACAUCAUAAUAGUAUCCACCGUGAGAUCAAACCCUCGUGGUUUUAUCGGUUUUGUUUCUGACACUAGGAGAACCAAUGUGACUAUCACCAGGGCAAGAUAUUCUCUUUGGAUUUUGGGGAACAAGAGAACGCUGACUAGAAGUAAAUCUAUAUGGGAAGCUUUGGUUCAUGAUGCUAAGGCCCGUGGAUGUUUCUUCAGCAUUGAUGAUGUCAUAGCCGCUUUAAAAGGGAAGAAUAAUCAGCUUGAUGAUCGGAGCUCAAACUGCUCUGAGGAUGCCAAGUGCCGAGAAUGUUCCACCAGUACUGAUGAAGUUAAAUCCAUUUUGGAUGGGAAGAAAGAGAAUAUUCAGCUGGAUGAUCCGCUCGGUGGCAAUAGUUUCCUAUUUAGAAAUGCUCAGUGGAGGGCAAAGUGCUCUCAGGAUGCUAAGAGCCAAGAAUGUUCCUCCAGUACCGAUGAAGUUAAAUCCAUUUUGAAUGGGAAGAAAGAGAAUAUUCAGCUGGAUGAUCCGCUUGGUGGCAAUAGUUUCCUAUUUAGAAAGGUGCGGUGGGGGGCAAAGUGCUCUCAGGAUGUUAAGAGCCGAGAAUGUUCCUCCAGUACUGAUGAAGUUAAAUGCAUUUUGGAUGGGAAGAAAGAGGACGUUCGGCUCGAUAAUCCACUCAAUGGCAAUAGUUUCCUAUUUAGAAAUGCUCGAUGGAGGGUAAAGUGCUCUCAGGAUGCUAAGAGCCGAGAAUGUUCCUCCAGUACUGAUGAAGUUAAAUGCAUUUUGGAUGGGAAGAAAGAGGACGUUCGGCUCGAUAAUCCACUCAAUGGCAAUAGUUUUCUAUUUAGAAACGCUCGGUGGAGGGUUUUCUUCGCUGACAACUUUGUGAAGUCUUUCAGAAAGCUGACGUCACUUAGGACCCAGGUGUCGAUCAUGAACCUCUUAUCAAAACUUGCUGGUGGCUGGAGACCUGAGAAGAGUGAUGCGGGUUUAAACCCUAAAAGCUGUUCUCAUAUGGUGAAGCAAUUCGAGGUCGAAGGUCUCUACGUGCUGUGCACUGUCGAGAUAAAUACACUUAAGGAACCGAGAUACAUCCAAAUCCUGAAGAUUUGGGAUGUAUUGCCCUUAAGGGAUGCGACGACAAUGGUCGAACGUCUCGACAGUGAGUUCAAAGCAUACGCAGACAAUUGCAUUAGUCGCUGUGACGAGAAAUGUCUUGAGGGGGAUCAGAUGGUUCCAAAGACAUGGGAUUCUCCUUCUCAUGGUAUUGCUCGUUUCUGCAGUCUGGAUCAAGUUCAAGCGGGGAGCGGUUUUGGGGCCGAUCUUUUGAAUCCUGGAUCGAGUGAGAGCCUGCUUUCAAUGAGAUUCCACCCCUCAUCAACAGAUGUUGUCAGGCACUUGUUUUCGGAGGACGACGAUAGCGAAGCAGAUCUCGCAUCUGAAGUAACCAAGCUAAAUCAAGAGAUGAGUUCUCAAUUUGGUGAGCUUCGUAUCUGAGUAAUAACCCAUGUUGUUCCCUCCUUCACAGGGAGGUUAUGACAAGCAGGGAAAAAUACGUGCCGGUUAUUAUCGAGAAGGUGUAAACCUUUUUAAUUGUUUGUGCUCUCCUAGUUUUAUGCCUGGAUUUAUGUGGUUGAUUUAACAGCAUAGAAUUUUCGAUUCAAGUGGCAUAGCUAUGAAGUAUUCCUGCCUCUGCAUGAUUAUGUAUACAAAAUGAGGUGACGUGGCCAAUGUGAGAUUGUGAAUUCAAAGGCGAGAUUACAUAGCUUAUAAGCCUUGAUCCUCCCCAUUUAAGUUCUAGUUCCGCAUUAAUUAAGAUGAAUGGUAAGCAUGAAAAAGAUUUUUCUUUU